CAGGAAGUGCCUACGGAGGCCCGGACGGCGAGGGCUGCGGCGGCGGCGGCGGCGGCGGCGGUGGGGGCGGCCGCCUGGCAUGAAGUCGGACGGCGACGCGAGAGGCGGCGGCGAUGAGCGACAUCGUGGAGAAGACGCUGACGGCCCUGCCGGGUCUGUUUCUGCAGGGCCAGGCGGGCGGCGGGCCCGCGGCUGCCAAGGCGUCCUUCUCGUCGCGGCUGCGCGGCCUGGUCCGCAGCAUCACCGCGCUCACUUCUAAGCACGAAGAAGAGAAAUUAAUCCAGCAGGAAUUAAAUAGUUUGAAAGCAACUGUUUCUGCUCCUUCUACAACACUGGAAAUGAUGAAAGAAUGCAUGGUAAGACUUAUAUAUUGUGAAAUGCUUGGAUAUGAUGCUUCCUUUGGCUACAUACACGCAAUCAAAUUGGCCCAACAAGGAAACUUACUAGAAAAAAGAGUGGGUUACUUGGCUGUUUCUUUAUUUCUACAUGAAAGUCAUGAGCUGCUGCUGCUUCUUGUGAAUACAGUUGUAAAGGACCUGCAGAGUACCAACCUGUUAGAAGUAUGCAUGGCGCUCACUAUUGUCAGCCAGAUUUUCCCUCGAGAAAUGAUUCCAGCUGUUCUUCCGUUAAUCGAAGAUAAACUUCAACAUUCUAAGGAGAUUAUACGAAAAAAAGCUGUUCUAGCAUUAUACAAAUUCCAUCUCAUUGCCCCUAAUCAAGUACAGCAUAUCCACGUGAAGUUUCGGAAAGCACUUUGUGACAGAGAUGUUGGGGUCAUGGCUGCUUCCUUGCACAUAUACUUUAGGAUGAUUAAGGAGAAUUCAUCUGGAUAUAAAGACUUGACUGGGAGUUUUGUAACAAUUUUGAAGCAAGUGGUGGGAGGAAAGCUCCCAGUAGAUUUCAAUUACCACAGUGUGCCAGCACCAUGGUUACAAAUUCAGCUCUUGAGAAUUCUUGGACUUCUAGGAAAAGAUGAUCAAAGGACAAGUGAAUUAAUGUAUGAUGUUCUUGAUGAAUCCUUACGAAGAGCUGAAUUAAACCACAAUGUCACAUAUGCUAUUCUGUUUGAAUGUGUGCAGACAGUCUAUUCUAUUUAUCCUAAGACGGAAUUACUUGAGAAGGCUGCCAAGUGCAUUGGAAAAUUUGUUCUGUCGCCUAAAAUAAAUCUCAAAUAUUUAGGACUGAAGGCUCUUACCUAUGUUAUCCAACAGGAUCCUACUCUGGCUCUUCAACACCAGAUGACAAUAAUUGAAUGCUUAGACCAUCCUGAUCCCAUUAUUAAAAGAGAGACUCUGGAACUUCUUUACAGAAUUACCAAUGCACAGAAUGUUACAGUUAUUGUUCAGAAAAUGCUUGAGUAUUUACAUCAGAGCAAAGAAGAAUACAUCAUUGUUAAUUUGGUUGGCAAAAUAGCUGAACUGGCUGAGAAAUAUGCUCCUGAUAAUGCGUGGUUUAUUCAGACAAUGAAUGCUGUAUUUUCAGUGGGAGGAGACGUAAUGCAUCCUGAUAUAUCCAAUAACUUCCUGAGACUGUUAGCUGAAGGUUUUGAUGAUGAAGCAGAAGAUCAACAGCUAAGACUCUAUGCAGUUCAAUCUUACCUCACUUUGCUAGAUGUAGAAAAUGUAUUCUACCCACAGAGAUUUCUUCAAGUUAUGAGCUGGGUGUUAGGCGAGUAUUCCUACCUCUUAGAUAAGGAAAUGGUGGAGGAAGUUAUAACCAAACUCUACAAAUUACUUAUGAAUGACUCCAUUUCUUCGGAAACAAAAGCCUGGUUAAUUGCUGCUGUAACUAAAUUGACUUCCCAGAUACAUUCUUCAAAUAUAGUUGAGAAAUUAAUCCAAGAAUUUACCACAUCUUUGGAUACCUGUAUGAGACAACAUGCAUUUGAGUUAAAAUAUUUACAUAAGAACAUGGAACUCAUGAAGAGCCUGCUUCCAGUUGAUAAGAGUUGUGAAGACAUGAUGGUAGAUGCUUCUUUAUCUUUCCUGGAUGGUUUUGUGGCUGAAGGACUCAGUCAGGGAGCAGCACCUUACAAACCUCAUCAUCAACGCCAGGAGGAAAAGCUUUCUCAAGAGAAAGGUCUCAAUUUUGAACCCUACGGACUCUCAUUUUCCUCAUCUGGUUUCACUGGACGACAGUCUCCUGCUGGCAUUUCACUUGGUUCGGAUGCGUCUGCAAAUAGUGCUGAGACAGGGCUGAAAGAAACAAAUGGCUUGAAGCUGGAGGGUGUAAAGAAAUUGUGGGGAAAGGAGGGCUACCUUCCCAAAAAGGACCAUAAAACUGGUGAUGAAACUGAAGUUUCACCUGCUCCUCAAGAGAACAUGGGAAUGGAAACUAUAGAUCAAACUCUAACGACAAAGGAUCACUCUCAGGUCCUUACCCAGUCUAAAGAGGAGAAAGAAAAGCAGCUGUUAGCAUCAUCCUUGUUUGUUGGACUAGGAUCGGAAAGUGCAGUCAACUUGUUGGGAAGAGCAGACACUGUCUCUCACAAGUUCAGAAGGAAAUCAAAAGUCAAGGAAACCAAAAGUGAAGAAGCAAGCAGUGCGCAUAAUGUGACCUGUUCUUCCUUUAGUCCUUUGCCAAAUGCCAUGUAUGAAGAAGAUUAUGUGACUACUUUGCAGGAUGGAGGAGACAAAGAAUUAGAGAAGCUUGCUCUUGGCUCAGAACUUCUGGCUUCUGAGUCACUGACAGAGCUGCCCUUGGUUGAGAAACUUUCAGAUUGUAGCCUGUCUGCCCCUUCUUUGUUUGCUGAUAGUGACAUGGAAGUCUUCCAGCCUUCUCCAUCUACCACAGCCUCAUUUGCCAAGGAAAUCUCUUUGGAGGCAUCUUUGCUGAGGGAAACUGCAGAAUGCUUGCAUUCAGAUCCUACGGAGAUCUGUAAUAAUGAAAUCGUAUCAGUGUCUUCUAGCAAAAUUUGGAAAGAUGACUGUCUAUUGAUGGUCUGGUUAGUCACUAAUAAGAGUGAUUCAGAAUUGAAAAGUGCUAAUUUAGAAAUUUUUCCAGCAGAAAAUUUCAAGCUCACUGAAGAGCCUGGAAGCUGUUUGCCUGCCACAGAAGCAGAAAAUACCACAACCUUUCAAUACAACGUGCAAAUGGAGAAACCUUUCACAGAUGCAAAUCUUUGUGGUUUUGUAAAUUAUCAAAUGAUGGACACUGUUUGUGUUCAGUUGGAAUUUUCUGUGAACUUAUCACUAUUAGAUUUCAUUAGACCGUUAAAAAUCUCAACUGAAGACUUUGGCAAACUCUGGUUGUCCUUCGCAAAUGAUGUGAAGCAAAACGUGAAAAUGACAGACUCUGAAGCUGGUCUGCCUUCUACCCUAAAAACUCUGCAACAGAAACUAAGACUUCAUGUUGUUGACAUUAUAGGCAAUGAAGGGCUAUUGGCCUGUCAGCUGCUCCCAUCCACCCCCUGCCUAGUGCAUUGCCGGUUGUAUGCUGAUGUGUUAGCCCUGUGGUUCAGAUCUUCCUGCCCUAGUCUUCCGGACUAUUUACUCUAUCAGUGUCAGAAGGUGAUAGAAGGAUCCUAGCAGAAGCUGCAUAAUUUUACUUUAUCAAGACAAAUGGUUUACAUAGAUAAACUUACUUACCAAAGUAAAAAUGAUUCAUGGUACUUGUAAUGCAAAUGGGGAUUAUUACAGAUUAUGGUUUAUGGUUUUCUUUUUUGAUUCUUGGUCAAGAGAGAUCCCCAAGAAACUGUAUCUCUAACCUUUUACUCAGGAUUGUACAGUAUGUUUGGGUCCCAAAAAAAGUGACCUAAGCUUAUGUUAUAAACUGCUAAUGAUUUAUGUACUAUUUAGUGUAGAAGGACUGAAAAUAUUUAUUUUGUUAUAAAUAAUUUUAUAGCAAGUUUGCUCUAACACUAGCUAAUUUGUAGUAAUGCCAAGUUUCAGUUCUCAGCAUUAAUCGAGGGGAGACAUGAAAUUGAUACUUUUAAACCUAAUUUGUUUUUGGUUUUGGGAAUACAGUAUGGUUUUUGUAGCUAAGUCAGUACUUCCAAAUGUGUUUUCCUUAGAUCAAUGAAUUGAGUUAGCAUAUUAUGUGCUAACAGUUAUAGGAGAUCCAUGAGCAUGCUGGAUAUUGAGGAGAUCCCAAUCUGUGAUGUGCUUCUUUUUAUAGGUCACUUGUUAUGCAUAAUUCCAGAUAAUUUGGCUAUAAAAUUGGUCUGUUUUUCACUUGCUUUAUUUCAAAAUUUAAAAUACGCUUAAUUUUAAAAACUCGGAGCAGUUUAUAAAAUAUUAUUGUAUAGAAACAAAACCCAGGAGAGCAUAUUAUAUGAGAGCAAACAGGAACAAAAGAACUUUUUCAUUAUGACAGUUAUCUUAAUUUGGUUAGGAUAUAAGUCCUUUUUAAAAUUUGUGAUUAGAAUGUAAAUGCUAAAACUAUCUUUCCUGGCUUUUUGAGUCCUCUAGUACUUAACAGGUAUAGCUGAAAAGGUGAGUAAGUAUACUGAGUGUACUGGUUUUUGAGUGAUAUCAAAAUGAAAUCAUUUUCUUGUUAUGAUUCUACCUAUACGGCAUGUCAAGAGUUAUUCUCAGUAAAAGAAGAGGUUGUGAGGUUGUGCCUGAUAUGAAUGAUGGACCAAAAUGUUGAGGUUGUAGAUUAACUAAAAUAGUGUUUUAUAAAACUUUAUGGUGCUGUUGAAAAUAUUUUUUAUUUCACUUUUUUCUGACACUUAGCCAUGGAGAUGAUUCAGGUAAUGCCAUUUUAAGUCAUUGCAGUUAAUACUCUGGUUAAUUGGUAUUGUUUAUUGCCCAUGUCAGGAGUUCUGGCUUCAGGUUGUACUUUCGUCAUGACUGCUAAAGAUGUUAAAGAAAUUCCCCAGAGCUGAUCAAUGUCAUUUCAUUGAUUUUUUGUGUCUAGGAGAAUUCAUUUUUAAACAGUAUGUUUUUCUUGGUUAUUUUUUAAGUUACUCAUUUUUUUUUUUUUUUGAAAAAUGAAACAUCUUGUUAGUUUAAUUCUUUUAAGAACAUUGAAACUUUGCUGCCAGAGCAAUAAAUGACUGGAAUUACCUGCCUAAUGGGCUCCUCCUUUUGAACAGAUGAUCAGACUUCUCAGACUGCCAGCAGUGUCAUAGUGAAGGGAAUAUGCUAACUUGGUGAUGGGAGGGUGGUCUGGAAUCGUGGACACUAGCAUCUAGCCCUCUAUUCCUAUCUCUUGUCAGCAGCAUUCCCCACUGCUCAAUGAUUCCCGCUGUUAUUCUGAUGUCGCUUUGCAAUGUUUGGUGAAGGAGGUGCUCCAGUUUUUUGUGGCCUUAUUUCCUUGUGUUUGCCUGGUCACCGAGGCUGGCUGAGUUGGCGCAAUGGGAUAGGAUGCCUAGCAAGCAUGUGGGCAGAGAUAACAGUGAGCCUUCUUCUGCUUUGUUGAUGGUGUGUUCAUGAAUAGCAGCAGUAGUUGUCAUCAAGAGUAGUGUUGGAUCUACGUAGCUGUCUGGUGAUAGGAAAUGUAUGUUGACAGGUUUAAGACUGGGAGCGUGAUUUUGGAACUUCCAAAGGGAACGUGGUGUCACUUUUGUUCUCUAUGAACCUGCUUAAGUCGUAACAGGAUUUCUAUUGAAAUGUUUAGUAGAAUGUUUACACUUUUUUACAUUUUUAUGAUUUUAAAAGUAAUAGAUUUUAAAAAACUUCAGAGCAGUGGUGUCUAUUUUGCCUAAACUUUUUGAAUGUUUUAAGUUCUAAAUCAGGCAUCGCCACCUUGUUGUUAUAUUGUUGGAGGUGGUGGCUAUGAAGUGGAGAAUGACUGCAGUGGAGAGAUUCGCUCUGUUUACUUUAGUGUUGUGUUUUAGUCAGUGAAGGGACAACUUCUAGGGUAUGGAAACUGCAGGAAGGAUGCGCCAUUCUGAGUUUUGUGCCAGGUAUCUUGCUGAGGGGUGAGUUGACAACAAGUGUUGACCUAAGGGAGAAUAAGGGAAAAUGGGAGAGCCUUAAGAACAGAUAAAAGAAGACGGGACCAGCUCCUGCCAGAAUAGCUCCUAUGGAGAAGGCAGAUCAGAGGCUGAGAGUUGGCACAGCAGCCCCAAGUUGGGGUCCUGCUAGAGGAAACACUGAUAGAAGCCAAGCAAUUGCUGAGUGCUCAUGUGCCAAGCACAGCAUAUGCUCUGCAGAGGAGCAUUAUUUUAAAAAAUAAUCUAUUAUUGUCCACCAAAAGCUUAAUUGUAGUGAAAGUGCAGUAUUUUAUUUUUUUUCUUUAUUUCAUGUAACUAAUAUUUUAAAAUAUGAGCUAUCUGUCUUAUAUUUUUAUGGAUAAAUGUGUACUUUGUCUCAUGAUGGUGAACCACUAAAAGUGCUUUGAAUCUGUUCAUGUGUCUUUAAUAUAUUUUGCUGUGUUGAAGUUGUAGGAGAAAAAUGAGAUGAAUAACAAUUGAAUAGGCAUUUAUUGCCUACAUUGGAGGUUGAAUUCUGUAACUUGAAUAAGUUCAGUUGUUGAACUUGUAAUAAAUACAAAGUGAUCGAUA